UUCUUUUCAAUGUCAUUUGAUAAGGGGCAGGAUCAAAAGAUCAAUGUCGGUUAAAGAUCUAAAUUCAAAUAAUUAAAGGGAAAGAAGGAAAAAAUCCUGUAAGUUUCUGCCAUUCAAAAUGGAUUAUAUUUUAGUGGAAAAGGAUGAGUGACUGUUAAAACCACAAAAUAAUAUUACAUUUUAAUGAACAUUGAAGAUUAUUUGAAUUCAAUAUCAAACAAUCCAGCUUAAUUGACCGAAGUUCUUUUGCUUAUAUUACUUUUGUGUUAUCACCUUGGUGGCUUUACCGUGGUACGACGUAUUCGUAUAACGCACACCAAGUACGACUUAACCAAACGGACCAAUACUUGCCUCUUCCGUUUCCGUCUACAAGCAGACAAGUCACGAAUUUUCACUAGACGAAGUGCAAUCUAUAUUAUCGACUACUUCUCCAUCCUUAUUUGCCACCAUCAUGCCACCCGUGCGAACCAGGGUGACAAGACUUUCAGAGGUGGAAAGAAACCGUCAAUUCGUGUCCCCAGCCCGGGGACGUGGGAGAAGACGUAGGCCAAACAGCGUGGCCACCGACUCCUCGAGGCCCAUACCUACGGCAUCCGCUGUUGUAAAUGCAGCGGGGGGAACCACACAAUCAGAGACUGACGACACUCAUGCCAUUCAGGACUUGCAGGCUAAUCCGUCAGGUUCAGCCACAGAUGCAAAGGGUGUGGUGGAGAUCAUCCAGCAUCAAAGUGCCGGGCAACAAAAUAAUUACCAAUCGUUGUAUACACUUGGGAAAACCCCCAUCAAUGUCGACCAACUUGCCCAUUACCUACACAAUUAUCGUGAUCAACCUUUUCUCAUUAGAGGCUUUCAAUCUGGUUUUAGUUUACAUUAUCAAGGGCCAAGGCGCCCAAGGGAUUCCAAUAAUCUAAAAAGCAUAGUACUAAAUCCUCAACUAGCUCAACAAAAAAUUCAGAAAGAAGUACUGCUCCAGCGAGUCGGGGGGCCUUUCGAUUCACCCCCCUUCCACUCGCUACAAGUUUCACCUUUAGGCUUAGUACCCAAAAAGGAUGGGGAUUUUCGGUUAAUACACCACCUAUCCUUCCCUGAGUAUGACUCUAUUAAUGAUUUCAUUGACCCAGCAGUUUGUUCUGUUCAUUACGCAUCCAUUGACGAUGCCGCUGCCAUCAUAUCCUUCUUGGGCCCUGGAACCUACUUAGCCAAAUCAGACAUUAAAUCGGCAUUUCGUCUAAUACCUGUUGCUCCCUCAGAUUUCGAACUGUUAGGUUUCAAGUUUCAGAACAAAUACUAUUACGAUAAAAUGCUACCAUUUGGGGCAUCAGUCAGCUGUGCAACCUGGGAAAGAUUUGCUUCGGCAUUACAUUGGAUAGUCCAAAAUAGGACACGUAAUCCAUCCAUUUUACACUAUCUUGAUGACUUCCUGUUCAUGGGCUCCGCAAAUUCAAACAAGUGUCAGGCUACUCUCUCAGAAUUCAAACACAUUUGCCAAGAUAUAGGUGUACCCAUUGCUCUCGAAAAAACUACAAACCCAACUACAACCCUUAUUUUCUUAGGUAUAGAACUAGACACAGUGAAUAUGAUCAUGCGACUCCCACAGGACAAGCUACUUUUGCUCAAACAGCGCAUUCAUGUCUUCCUUCACAGUAAAAAAGCUACUCUUAAAUCUUUUCAGUCACUCAUUGGGCUGCUAAAUUUUGCAUGUAAAACGGUAGCACCAGGGAGAGCCUUCUGCAGACGUUUAAUUGAUGCUACUAUGGGCACUACCAAAACACACCAUAAGAUCAGAAUCAAUUCUUCCAUCAAGGAAGACCUUAGAGUAUGGGAACAAUUCCUAGCAAACUUCAACGGCAUUUCGGUCAUUUCCUCUCCGACAUUGACAUCGGAUUCGUACUUGCAAUUAUACACAGAUAGCGCUGGGGGAACAAAAGGGGGGUUUGGCAUUUACUUUGCAGGUAGCUGGGCUCAUGCAAGCUGGCCGCACAGCUGGAGUCUUUCGGACAUAGUUAGGGACAUGACAUUCCUUGAGCUUUUCCCGGUAUAUGUAGCAAUCGUGCUAUGGUCGCCACAAUUGGCUAACAAACGUAUUCUUUUCCACAUAGAUAAUUCUGCUGUAGUCCAGGUUAUUAAUUCCGCUACUUCAAAAUCUCACAGGGUCAUGAAAAUUGUUCGAAAAUUGGUUCUCAUCACACUACAACACAACAUUACAAUCCAGGCGCAAUACAUACCCUCCAAACGCAACGUUAUAGCAGAUAGUAUUUCUCGUUCGCAGUGGAGAAGAUUUCGACAUCUCGCCCCCCACGCCGACCAGUGGCCAACCCAGCUACCCAACCAAAUAUGGGAUAUCUAAAGGUAGAAUCACAACGCCUCAUCAACAACGCCCUGUCUGAUAACUCCAACAAAGCUUACAAUUCGGCACUGAAGAAAUUCCAUGCAUUUGCCCAGAUUUUUGGCAUUGCCAUUUCCUGGCCGUUACCUUUAGAUAUAAUUUUAAACUUUAUCGCAUAUUUGUCGUUACAACAUAUGUCCCCAAAUACAGUUCAGUUAUACAUACGCGCAUUGGCAUAUUUUCAUAAAGUAAGGCAGGUAUCAGAUCCAACUGCCUCCUUCUUAGUCGCAAAAGCUCUACAAGGGUUGGCACGUGGCAACACAGCCCCAGAUACUCGGUACCCGAUUACCCUACCCAUUCUAGAAAAAUUGCUAGCGUAUUUACCUUUUGUGUGCACAUCCUCUUUCGAAUCUACACUCUUUGCUAGCGCCUUCUCACUGGCCUAUUUUGGUUUACUCCGAGUAGGCGAAUUCACUCUGGCAAACUCCUGCAAUAGCCGAUAUUCUCAUUGCAUUCAAUUUCAACAUGUUACUCUGGGGGAGGAAAGCAAACAUGUCACAUUCACUAUACCUCAUUCCAAAACCGACCAAACGGGCAAAAAAACCACUAUAUUCAUUCGGAGUCAGCCCCACUCGAUCGCAUGCCCAGUCCACAGUAUGCGCAAUUUCCUAGCAAUAAGGCCACACACCUCAGACACUCACUGUCUGUUCAUCCACAGUAAUGCUAUGCCUUUGACUAGAUUCCAAUUUAAUGCAGUACUGCAGAAAGCAAUUCAGGCUAUCGGUACACCAGGUCAUUUUGGUACCCAUAGUUUUCGAAUCGGUCGGGCCACUGACUUGGCUCUACAGGGUUUUUCCGACCAGCAAAUACAAACAUUUGGGAGAUGGAAGUCUUUAGCCUUUCAGAAAUACAUCCGCAUGUAAUGCCACUUCGCAGCCCUCGGACCACUACAGGACACACAAUUUAAGUAAUGACACCCUUGCCAUCAAUACAUAACAAAUAAGUAACCAAACCAAAGAUAUUUCAGAUUGUUCAAUAUGGAUCCUCGGGUCUUCAAUCCCAUUUUGGGCAGGUCAGUCGACAUCAAACCGCACAGGCGGAAAAAACCUUGACUUGCCAGCCCACAUUCAUUGGCAUGGAAGACGGGGGAUGCAGUGGCAACAAUUGGACCCCUUGGUGAUGGACCUCCUGAGGAAGUAUCCUGCACCUAGAUUCAUGGUGAUACAUCUAGGUUCAAACGACUUGGUCACCCCAGGCCUAACUGGCAAAAAGUUGGUAGAGGAAAUAAAGUGUUCAUUUCUCAGAUAUAAUGCCCUAAUCCCACAAACUACAUUAGUAUGGUCCUCCAUCUUGCCCCGCCUAUACUGGCAUGGGGUUCCUGGCAAACUAGGUGGUAAGAUUAACAAAAAACGUAUAAAGGUUAACAAAAGAAUUCUUAAGUUCGUGUUAGAUUUGGGGGGGUUGGUCAUUAACCAUCACAACAUCUCAGCAAGAAACGUGUGCUUAUUUAGAUUUGAUGGAACACACCUUUCGGAUAUGGGCAACGACUUUUUCCUAAACAACAUCAGGGCAGCUUUUCACAUAUUCAUCAAUCAACUAGGCAAUUGUUACCCUCAACCUGUUUAACUGGGUCUGGCAUUUUAGGGGGGGGGGGGGGUAGUGGUUUUUCAUGGUUAUUGGAGGUACAUCAUAUCGAUGUCUGUGGCAGGUCUGGGGGGAUAUAAUACAAGAAUGUGUCCGUCCGAUCUGGCCUGUUGUUCCCUGCCCAUCUGUCAUACAAAGACAGAGGGACUAAUGUGGCUCAUAUGAGCAAGUACUGGCUCAUAUGAAGUAGAAAGCUGUGUAUAGUGGUUCACGUGAAAAAGUUUUGAUUCAAGUUAAUUGGGGCACCCAGGACUGCAGUCUUGGUGUCCUCUCCACCUCCUUAACUGGGAGGGGAGACCCCAGUUCCGGAAUACCAGGGGGAGGUACUGGUAUGACUCACCGGGGGGCUAUUUGGUGGAACAGGGUAAAGCAGAUCGGGCGGGCCCGUUUUCGGUCCCUUGAUGUCGCAGUCUGGGACGUCGGCUCUCGUGCUCACACGAGGCCACCGGUUUGCCCUAAUACCUAUGGUCGGUACUCCGGAUAUCCCUUUAGACCUGCAAUUUUUUACUUUGUACAUGUACAUGUAACAUGCGGCCGUAGCUGCCAAUUCACCCUGUGUGCACUAUGUCCAUUUUAGUUCGAUCGUUUCAUGUUAUGAAAUAUGUCUGGUUAUUCUAAUAAAUAUAAAAAAGCUCA